GCCGAAGGGGCGGCGGCGUGGGGGGAGCAGAUGCGGCUGGCUGGGAACCGGAGCCGGGCGCUAGCAGAGCGCAGCCGCGAGUGAAGCGCGGGGGAGGCGAGCCGGAGCGGGAGCAGCAGCAGCAGCGGCAGCAGCAGCCAGUGUCCGCGGAGAGCACCCGGGCGCAGCCAGACUCACAGCCACGAUGGCCGUGGCGGUGGGAAGACCAUCUAAUGAAGAGCUUCGAAAUUUAUCCCUUUCUGGCCAUGUUGGAUUUGACAGCCUCCCUGACCAGUUGGUCAACAAGUCCACUUCUCAAGGAUUUUGUUUUAACAUCCUGUGUGUUGGUGAGACAGGCAUUGGCAAAUCCACAUUGAUGGACACUUUAUUCAACACUAAAUUUGAAAGUGACCCAGCAACCCACAAUGAGCCAGGUGUCCGGUUAAAAGCCAGAAGUUACGAGCUUCAGGAAAGCAAUGUACGGCUGAAGUUAACCAUCGUCGACACUGUGGGAUUUGGUGACCAGAUAAAUAAAGAUGACAGCUACAAGCCAAUAGUAGAAUAUAUUGAUGCCCAGUUUGAGGCCUACCUGCAAGAGGAGUUGAAGAUCAAACGUUCACUCUUCAAUUACCACGACACAAGAAUCCACGCAUGCCUCUACUUCAUUGCCCCAACUGGACAUUCACUGAAGUCCCUGGACCUGGUCACCAUGAAAAAACUGGACAGUAAGGUGAACAUCAUUCCAAUAAUUGCAAAAGCUGACACCAUUGCCAAGAACGAAUUACACAAAUUCAAGAGUAAGAUCAUGAGUGAACUAGUCAGCAAUGGUGUCCAGAUAUAUCAGUUCCCCACGGAUGAAGAAACAGUGGCAGAGAUUAAUGCAACAAUGAGUGUCCAUCUCCCAUUUGCAGUGGUUGGCAGCACUGAAGAGGUCAAGAUCGGCAACAAGAUGGCAAAGGCCAGGCAGUACCCUUGGGGUGUAGUGCAGGUCGAGAAUGAAAACCAUUGUGAUUUUGUGAAGCUUCGAGAGAUGCUGAUCCGUGUGAACAUGGAAGACUUGCGAGAACAGACUCACACUCGCCACUAUGAGCUGUAUCGACGCUGUAAGCUCGAGGAGAUGGGAUUCAAGGACACUGAUCCUGACAGCAAGCCCUUCAGUCUACAGGAGACCUACGAAGCAAAAAGGAACGAAUUCCUGGGAGAGCUUCAGAAGAAAGAAGAAGAAAUGAGACAAAUGUUUGUUAUGAGAGUGAAGGAAAAAGAAGCUGAACUUAAAGAGGCAGAGAAAGAGCUUCAUGAGAAAUUUGAUCUCCUGAAGCGGACACACCAAGAAGAGAAGAAGAAAGUGGAAGACAAAAAGAAAGAACUUGAGGAGGAGGUGAACAAUUUCCAGAAGAAAAAAGCAGCAGCUCAGUUACUACAGUCCCAAGCCCAGCAAUCUGGGGCCCAGCAAACCAAGAAAGACAAGGAUAAGAAAAAUGCAAGCUUCACAUAAAGCCUGGCAAGCCAAGGAUGUUCCCGCAUUCACCUGCUUUUGCAGUAAUAUUGUGUCUCUGCCAUUUGUGUCCUUUGAUUUUACUUUUUUUUUCUUCCAUUUUUUUUUUUUUGUUUUUUUACCCUUCCCCAAAUGCCAAUAACGAUUAAUAACUCAUUGGGCUGAAUGUUGCUGGGUGGAGGAAAAUGAUAGAAUGACAGCAAAAGCUAUGUGCAAGCUGGACUGGAAAGUAAAUCAUUUGCCUCUUAUGCCUGUUCAGAGUGGCAGCAAUUAGCAUGCCUGCCACUUGUAUGUUGCUUUGGACCGAGGAAAGAAGGGUAAAAUGCUACGUGUGCGUCUGACGUGAAAACAGCUCACGCCUCCGCGGCUGCAGUAAGAUCCUGAAUAGCCAUG